AUGCCGUUGCCGCCGGUGCCCCCGCACCGUCCCCGACCCCGCCGGUGGCGGCCGCUGCGGGGCCUGGAGUGCGUGUUGCUGGGCGACGGCGCGGUGGGCAAGACCAGCCUGGCGCUCAGCUAUAGCACCAACGGCUUCCCCGCGCGCUACGUGCCCACGGCCCUCGACCGCUUCUCGGCUGUGGUCCAGGUGGACGGCGCCCCCAUCCGUCUCCAGCUGUGCGACACCGCCGGGCAGGAUGAAUUUGACGCCUUGUGGCAGACCUGCUGCCCAAAGGCUGACGUCUGCCUGCUCUGCUUCAGCGUGGUGGCACCCACCUCCUUCCGGAACAUUGCAGACAAGUGGUACCCAGAGGUGCGUCGCCACUGCCCUUCCGCCCGGGUGCUGCUGGUGGGGACUCAGUCGGACCUACGCCAGGACGUCAAGGUGCUGAUUGCCCUCUCCCGGCGUCAGGAGAAGCCGGUGCCUCCUGCAGCCGCCUGCUCUCUGGCCAGGAAACUGGGCCUGGCCGGCUAUGUGGAAUGCUCGGCUCUCACCCAACAGAACCUGAAGGAGGUCUUUGACACUGCUAUUGUGCUGGGGCUGCGGGCCGGCGAGGGCCCCAGGGGGCAGAGGGCCCCCCCCAGCUGCAUCUGGGCCCUCUCCAAAGACUGGUGGAGCAAGUACGUUUGUGUGCGGUAG